AGGGACCUCAUUACAGAACACUCAUAGCUUCACGCACCGUGUAAGUUGCUCGUUUCGCUUUCAUUGUUUUUUUCAGAACAAAUUCUAACUUCUAAGCAUUUUAAUAAUAAUAUCCUAACUCCAUAAACAACACACACAACACUACCUUAACCUCUCCAAUUUCACACUUGUUUCAUUUCUCUCACACAUACACAACACAACUGUUAUCCUUUGAGAAUUAUCACCAAGCACAACAGUUCUCAGGCCUCAAUUAUCAAAAAAUUCCUUUUUUUGACCGUAGAUGUCCCCUCUAUACGUGUGGGGCAGUGUCUGCGUUACAAUUACGAGGUGGUUUCUUUUGGGUUAGGUCUAUUUUGAGAGACACAAAUACAUGGAGCUUUGAAGAGCUGUGGCGUAGGUGCAUACAACAACUCUGGCCAACUCUUUAGCCAUAUCUUCACCAACAGUAGAAGGUGUUGAUCCUUGCUUCUCUGGCUUGCGGUUUUGUUUGGACAGCCUCUUUUCUCUUGUUCUGCUCCUUCCCAUCGAUUAUGGCUAACUUCUGAGUUCACUCUUGUCCAAUGUGAUUUUCCCUACUCUCAAACAAUCUCUUUUAUUGAUAUACUAUCACUUAGUCAAGAUGUGAGUGCCUAUAGGAUUGUGUAUACAACUAGUGCAAAGGUUGAAAGCGCGAAGAAGAUUGAAUAAAAAGGAUUCACAAGAACAAGAUUUAUCUUCUGCCAUGGCCAUGUGUAGGUGUUUCUCUAUUUUGGUUGGAAGGAAGGAGAAAAACAAGGGUACUGAACGAUCUUCAACAGUGGGCCUUAAAACUCGACUUGAUCAACCACAGCAUCCAAAGGUUUCAUCAGAUAGUCGUGAUUUGAACCCAGGCACCCUUGAUAUUAAAGUGCCCUGUGGUGUACAGAAGAAUUCAAGGUUCAAUGCGAGGGUUAUGAGUCAUGAGAGUCCUGUGAAGGCUGAAGUAGAGGAAGCUUAUGAAGGGGAAGAUGAGCAUGAAGAGUCACCCUCCAUCAAGAGGGAGCUCUCUGACCUUGAUCUCCAAGCCCACGAAGCUGCUGCAAGCAAAGGAGGAUAUGAUCCAACAGAUAAAGAGAUAAAAUACCCCACUUUAUAUGAAAACAAGGCCAACAUUCAAUUGGAAGAGAAAGACAACAAACACAGCAAAGAAUGUGUUGAUAUAAUCCAAAGUGGACAUGUCAGUGAUCCUGGUAUUGGCAAGGCUGAUUUUUGGGCUUCUCCAAAGCUCAAGCGAUCAUGCUCUAACCUGGAAAGAAGGGAUUUACUCAGGAAGACUUCUCAUUACUUUCCAUCUUCCAAGUCACAGUCCUUUGAGGAUUUGCAGGAAUUAUCUGCAUAUCAGAUGGUUAACCUAGAAAGCCCCAGGUCUGUGAUGACUCACUUCAGUGCUGAUAGAGUGAUGCUGAGAAGGUAUUCAUCAAGUCAAGUUCUCCCUUCUGGUAGUAAAAGAUUGUGGUGGAAGUUGUUCCUCUGGAGCCACAGGAAUAUACAUAGAUCUCGGUUAAGCAAAUCAACACAAAUAUAUCCUGCAAUUGCUGCUGUAAAUAGUCAAUGCGGGUACUCUUCAGACACCCUUGAACCAAAACAAGGCAAGGCAUUGAAACAUGUGGAAUCACCCUCACCUGGGUCAUCUUUUGGGGAAUACUUUCACAAAAGCUGUGAUGACAAAAACACAGAUAAGAGCAGAUUUCAGAAAGAAAAUUUUGGUUUUUGGCCACAAAACCAAUGGGUAGCUUUCUCAACGGAAUCAUCCUUUAGCAGAGUGGAUGAGUGGGUGAAAGAUCUCGAAAUUCUGCAGCCACCGCCCGAGGAUGAUUUUGGUGAUGACAAUGUUGGAAGCAUUGCCUUCCCACCUUCUCCUGUUGCUAAUAGAUCAAUGACUAGAAGCACAGCUCAAUUAGUUCGACACCCUGAUGCCAAUCUUUCAAAGGACAUAUUGAAUGCCAAUAGUGUGGUGCAGUCUCUGAACCCAGCCUCAACUGCAGCUCAUAUAUCGGGUAUUGGUGUAAAAGCCAUCCCUGCUCUUCAACACUUCAACAGUCUCCGCUCUGUGAAUUUGUCAAGCAAUCUCAUAGUUUACAUCACACCUGGUUUGCUCCCAAAGGGUAUUCAUACACUGAAUUUGUCAAGAAACAAAAUCAGCACCAUUGAGGGCCUUAGAGAAUUAACCCGCUUGCGUGUACUUGACUUGAGUUAUAAUCGCAUUUCAAGAAUUGGACAAGGGUUAUCAAAUUGUACCUUAAUCAAAGAGCUAUAUCUUGCGGGAAACAAGAUAAGUGAUGUGGAGGGGCUACACAGGUUAUUGAAGCUAGCAGUUCUGGACUUAAGCUUCAACAAGAUCACAACAACAAAAGCGUUAGGCCAGCUAGUGGCCAACUACAACUCACUUCAGGCCCUGAAUCUUCUUGGAAAUGCAAUUCAAAGCAACAUCAGUGAUGACCAGCUACGCAAAGCAGCUUGUGGUCUGCUUCCAAAGCUUGUGUACCUGAACAAGCAAUCCAUCAAGCCUCAAAGAGCACGAGAAAUACUCACUGAUAGUGUUGCUAAGGCUGCACUUGGGAACAGUGGGCGGAGCUCCUUCAAAAGAGCACCGAAAAAAGGUGGCCAAGGAGGGUCAAGUUCCUCCAGUGUACAUAGAAGCAGUGCUAGUGUUGCCCAGAAAAGUAGUAACAGGUCAAGGAGCCGAACUAAACAUCAUUAGUUGCCUGUAAAAGGACCAAUUCAUUAUCAGUCUUCAUGGUUAAGACUUGUGAGAAAGGAGGAGGAUUUUUCAAAUUUACUUUUACACAAUGUUUGCUUCAACCUAUAACCCACCCUGUGUGGGAUCAAAAGGCUUGGUUAUGAUUAUUGUUGUUGUGUUUGCUACAAUCUGUUGUCAUGGAUGUUUGAUUUAUACCAUAAAGGAGACUACUCUAGUCAUUGACAGUCUCUUGGUUUAAGACUUGAUGUAAUGCAGUCUUCAUAAUCUCCAAUUUUAAUGUGUGGAACUUGAUGUCAUCAUCUGGCUUUCGCAAAUGUUAAAACAAUUUUGGUUGUGCAAAACGACGAUUGGCCACUGUUGUUACUAUCAUUAUCAUCCAAAUAUUGUGUGAAUAAUGAAUACCAUGGCAUCGUCAAAUUGUACAUGUAAACGUGAAUGGUGAAUAAAAGUACAGGUUACGGAAAUUUUCCACCAAAAUACUCUGCACCAUCAAAUUAACACGAAAUCGGAUUUAAUUUCUCGAAACUCAUAGUAUCUU